AUGAGCUCGGGCGUCUCAGCCGUCGGCCACAUCUUCCCAGAUUGCGGAAGCGGUCCCCUAGCCGGCAACGAUGUCUGCAACACCGGUCUUUCUGUAGGGCAAAGAGCUCAAGCUCUCGUUGCCGCCCUCGAGAAAGAUGAGAAAUUUGGGCUACUAUCUAGCACGUCACCCGGGGUCGAAAGACUUGGGCUGCCUAGCUACGAGUGGUGGCAAGAAGCUCUGCAUGGCGUUGCGUCCUCUCCUGGAGUGGCGUUCAGCAACUCCGGCGACUUUUCUUAUGCGACAUCCUUCCCACAGCCGAUCUUAAUGGGGGCUGCAUUCGACGACGAUCUUAUCGAGGCUGUGGCGACGGUUGUUAGCACCGAAGCCCGCGCGUUUAACAAUUUUAAUCGAUCGGGAUUGGAUUAUUGGACGCCAAACAUCAACCCCUAUCGCGACCCUCGAUGGGGGCGAGGACAGGAAACUCCUGGAGAAGAUCCCUUCCAUCUGAGUUCCUAUGUGACGGCCCUAAUCAAGGGUCUUCAAGGUGGAGAGGACCCCGAUGUCCUCAAAGUGAUUGCUACCUGCAAGCACUUUGUUGCAUACGAUAUCGAGGAUUGGCUAGGAAAUGAACGCUAUGAAUUUGAUGCCGAAGUCAAUUCCCAAGAACUGGCCGAGUAUUACAUGCCGCCAUUCGAAGCUUGUGCGAGGGCAAACGUUGGCUCUGUUAUGUGCUCGUACAAUUCUCUGAACGGCGUACCAACCUGUUCGAACUCGUACAUCCUGCAAGACAUUCUUAGAGAUCACUGGAAUUGGACACGAGAUUACCAAUACGUCGUCUCGGAUUGCGAUGCCCUUCAAAAUGUCUACCUACCUCACAAUUACCGCGACACUCGUGAAGGCGCCGCUGCCAGCUCCCUUCUCGCUGGCACGGAUCUCAAUUGCGGUACCUACUACCAGAUCCACUUACCCACAGCUUACGAACAAGGCAUUAUCAACGAUGACACUCUCGAUAAAGCCGUCACACGACUAUACGCGGGUCUUAUCAAGCUAGGUUACUUCGACCCAGCAAACUCCAACCCCUACCGAUCUCUAGGCUUCUCCAACGUAUCCACCCCUUACGCCGAAGACCUCGCACGCAAGGCUGCAGAAGAGGGCAUCGUACUAAUCAAAAACGACGGCACCCUCCCCCUCCAAGUUUCCGAAGUCACCAACCUCACCGUCGUCUUCAUCGGGAACUGGGCCAACGCAACAACAGACAUGCAAGGCAACUACCAAGGCAUCGCGCCGUACCUCCACUCCCCCUACUACGCCGCGACCCAAACCCCCGGUAUCAACGCCGUAUACGCCGGCGUGCCCGGCGAUCCCGUGACAAACGGCUACCCGCUCGCCCUCGAAGCCGCGUCCACAGCCGACAUAAUCGUCUUCGCGGACGGCCCCACCGUCGCCUCCGAAGCCGAAGGCAACGACCGCACAUUGAUCCGGUGGUCCGGCGAAAGCAUCGACAUCAUGACCGAGCUAGCCAGCCUCGGCAAGCCGUUCGUUCUCGCGCAGAUGGGCGGCCAGCGCGACGACGCUCCCUUCCUAAACCACCCGAACGUCUCCGCGAUCCUGUGGGCGGGAUACCCCGGCCAAGCUGGCGGUGAUGCAAUCGUUAACGUGUUGACGGGGAAGGUGGCGCCUGCGGGACGGCUGCCUGUGACGCAGUACCCCGAGAGCUAUGUGGAUCAGGUGCCGAUGACGGAUAUGGGAUUACGUCCCGACGCGCAGACGGGGAAUCCAGGACGCACGUAUAUGUGGUAUGAGACGCCCACGGUACCCUUCGGGUUCGGGCUGCAUUACACGGAGUUCAGCGCCACGAUCAACGCCCCGGCAGAAACCGCGUUCGAGAUCGCGGAUUUAACGGCGGGGUGUGUCGGCGCGACGCACUUGGACCUCUGUCCGUUCCAGGUGAUCCCCGUCACCGUCGCGAACACAGGUUCCACGGACUCGGAUUUCGUGGCUUUGGGGUUUGUGGCGGGGGAGCAUGGGCCGGUGCCGUAUCCGAUUAAACGGCUUGUGGGGUAUAAGCGCUUGCAUGGUGUUCAGGGAGGGGGAGAGCAGGUUGCGGAUUUGACGUUGACGCUGGGGAGCUUGGGACGAAGGGAUGGGGAGGGGAAUUUGGUGUUGUUUCCCGGGGAGUAUAGUUUGCUUGUUGAUGUGCCGACGCAGGCGACGUGGAACUUUACGCUGAGGGGCGAGGCGUUUGUGCUGGAUUUGUGGCCGCAGGAUACGGGGGCUUAA